AUGCAGAGAGCCGUAGCUGAAGCGGAGCCCACCCACUUCAAUGCCGAUAGGACACAGCGCGGCAUGCCGUUGCUGCAGCAGCAGCAGCAGCUGGAGGCGAGGCCUUUCUUGGAGGCGAGGACCCCUUUAUGGGGCCCUCACAGGGGCCCGCGACGCACGUUAGUCAUCCCUGCUGCAGCAGCAGCGGGAGCACCAGCGGCUGCUGGAGCACCGGCUUCUCUUCCCACCGCUGCAGCCGAGCUGCCAGCAGCAGAAACUUGGAAGCAAAGCCAGCAGCAGCUACAACAGGAGCAGCGGCAGCGGCAGAAGCAGCGCCAGCACCAGCAGACACAGCAGCAGCAGCAACCGCAACAGGGAUAUCGGAGGGCAAAGGCAACAGCAGAAACUGCCCCCACAGCAGCUGCUGCAGCACUGACAGCAGUGGUACCGGACCAGCGGCGGAAACUGCAGCGGCAAGGGGAGGGGGCCAUGGAUAGCCAUGCGUACGAGAUCGAGUUGGAAUGCCGGGAGGCAUGCAGCCGUUUGAGCCGCUCUCUUGAGGCCGUUAAGCGGCAUACAGGAGAGGAGGCUCCCGUCUUGGAGCGUUUGGUGGCGGACUGUCGGCGCGAAGCGAAUGCCUUUUUGGAGGGGGUUGUGGAACUGCGCCAGCAACUGCGCCUAUUGUACGCUGAAGUUGACGCUGCAGAGAGGCGGCUCCUUCUGGCCAACGUGCUUUGGGGGGCUUGGGGUUCAUCUUCUGCAGGAGGGGCGCAGCGCGAGAGUCUGCUGGGGAAUGAAGGGAAGAUGAGUGAAGGCUGCAAACAGCUGGAGCGGGCCCACAUGCUGGCGCUGGAGACGGAGCAGGUUGGACAUUAUGUCUCUGCUACGUUGGGGGCGCAGCGGCAGACGAUCCUCCGGACAAGGAGUCAGGUUGCUCGCUGGGGGGACACUUUAGCUGAGAGCCGGGCAUCGAUAUCGCGAAUGCUGCGCACAGCGCGUCUCCGCCAGUGGUUUUUGUUGUGUCUGAUUGCCUGCAUUUGCUGCUGCAUGGUGUAUGUGAUGCUCUCACGGGCAUUGUGGCAUUUGGGCUUGGGCAGCAGCAGUAGCAGCAACGGCAACGAUGACGGCAGAAGUAAAGCUGAGGGAGUUCCAACAGCUUCAGCUGUUGCUGCUGCUGCCGCUGCUGGUAUUCAAGGGCCUCCUGGUACACAGCCCGACCCCUCUGUACCUCCUCUUUCUGAUAGUAUAGCAACUCCAGAGCAACACCAGCAGCAGCAACUGCAGCAGCCACUGCAGCAACAAACGCAACAAACGCUGCCUCUUACGGGCAGAGACAAAUUUAAUAACCUGCAGAGGCACGCGCGCGAAAAACGGGAGCAUGAGCAACAGCUUCAGCAACUGCAACAGCAUCAGCAGCCACACCAGCAACAGCACGGACAACAGCAGCCCUCUGUGCUGCAGCCGCACUCGCAAAUGCAGCAGCUGCAGCAACCACCGGAAUCACAGCUGCAGCCGCAAAUGCUGCAACAUGCUUCUGAGCAGCAGCAGAAUCCUCUGCCGCAGCAGCCACCGCUUCUGCUGCAGCAGCCUUCUGUACAACUGGAGCAGCAGUCUCCCUCGCAGCAGCAGCAGAAACCUCAGCUUCCUUUGCAGCAGCAACAACUUCCUAUGCGGCAAGAGCAGUUUGCCUUGCAGCAGCAGCAACCUCUUCUGCAACAGCAGGAUCCCCCUUUGCAGCUGCAGCAGCAGCCUGCCUUGCAGCAAAAGCAACCUCCUCUACAGCAGCAGGGGGAGCCUGGCUUGCAGCAGUACCAAACUUCCGUGCAGCAGCAGGAGCCGCCUUUGCAGCAGCAACAGCAGCCUGCCUUGCACCAGCAGCAGCAGCCUGCCUUGCACCAGCAGGGGCCUGUGUUGCAACAGCCCCAACCUGCGGUGCAGCAGCAAGGGCCGCCUUUGCCGCAGCAGCAGCCUGCCUUGCCGCAGCAGGGGCCUGUAUUGCGGCAGCCCCAACCUGCGGUGCAGCAGCAGGAGCCGCCUUUGCAGCAGCUGGAGCAGCAGCAGCAGCCUGCCGUACAGCAGGAGCCUGCCUUGCAGCAACAGCAGGCUGCCCUGCAGCAGCAGGAACGGCCUUUGCACCAGGAGAAAUCUAUGCAGCAACAACAGUCUACUAAGAAGCAGGAAGCGCCUUCGCAGCAGGAGCACGCUCGAGUUCAGCAGCCGGAGCAGCCUCCUAUGCAGCAGCAAAAGGAUCUGCAGCAGGCGCAACCUGUGCAGCAAUCUCUGCAACCGCAGCACUCCCCGGAAGUAGCAGUAGCAGCAGCAAACUCUCCAUCAUCGGCUCCUGGAUCCAGUGCAGGCAUGACUGGGAAGUGA